AUGGGUUCGGUUAAAAUUGAAAUGGCAUAUCAAAAGGUCCACGUGAAUCCAGCUGUAACAGAGAAUGGGGAAAGAAGUGGAAACAUAAUUACUAGAAGCACUAAACAAGCAAGAGGAGUCGUUGCUCCAUGUGGUAAGUGAGUUCUGAUGAGAAAGGCAUGAGUUUGUCUCCACCUACUGCGGGAGGCAGUGGAAGACAGAAGUGCCUGGCGUGCUCUGGUCCAUGGGGUCACGAAGAGUUGGACACGACUAAACGAUGAAACAACAACAACACUGUCAGAAAAGUUAUGGAUUUGCUGCUGGGAUGAGAGCUGCGAAAUGUUGUUGUUGUUGUUUAGUCGUUUAGUUGUGUCCGACUCUUUGUGACCCCACUGGGUACCAGAGCAUGCCAGGCCCUCCUGUCUUCCACUGCCACCCGCAGAGUUGCGAAAUACAGGCCAACUAAUCAAAUUCAUGAACCCUCUAGUUUAUUCAGGCAGUAAAAGCAGUUGGAUGAGGGUAGGUACACAGACACUCGUGUGAAAAUUGAUUUGACAAAAUUGAGCGGUUGGAGGGGAGAGAUACCUUUAUACCAUGGGAAGCGAUACCUCUUUCAAACCAUGCUGAGCUCCUCUAAACUAUUGAAUGUACCCAGCUUUGAAUAGUGAGGAAGGCUUCUCAGACUGUUCUUAGUUCCCAUCUCAGGUGGAACAAUCCUUACUUGAACGUGUGUACCUAUACAUACACUUCAGGUUCCAUACGCUUCAGGUUACAGACUCUGCUAACCCAGAAAUAUUACCUCGGGUUAAGAACUUUGCUUCAGGAUGAGAACAGAAAUUGUGCAGCGGCGGCGCAGUGGUAGCAGGAGGCCUCAUUAGCUAAAGUGGUGCUUCAGGUUAAGAACAGUUUCAGGUUAAGAACAGACCUCCAGAACGAAUUAAGUUCUUAACCUGAGGUACCACUGUAUUGGCAAACAGUUAAUGAUUCACACAAUGGGUUAUUCUGCCUUCUGUCUUCCUGCAUUGCCUAUGUGACAUUUGGCAUGUAUCACAUUCCAUUCAAUUCAUGCAUUCCAUUCCACUUUUGCACUUAACAUCACCAAAGUCCUUACUUUUGUGAUCUUGAAACUGGAUUACUACUGUGUUUUAUUUGGCGCUGCCCUCCAGCCUAGCUGUGAAGCUCCAGAUUUUGCAGAAUGCCUAGACCUCUGAUGGAGGCAUUGGUUGACAGUAUGUGGCAGCUCUGCUAAGAUGUUUGCAGCGGAUGCACAUACAUUGCUAAGCCAGGUUCAAGGUCUACAUCAGGCAUAGGCAAACUUGGCCCUCCAGCUGUUUCGGGACUACAGUCCCCAUCGUCCGUGACCACUGGUCCUGUUAGCUAGGGAUGAUGGGAGUUGUAGUCCCAAAACAGCUGGAGGGCCGAGUUUGCCUAUGCCUGGUCUACAUAUACAAAGACCAGAAGAACUUUGGUCCAGGAUACCUUAAGGGCCACCUGAGCCCCUAUAUCCCAGCUUCAUCACUAAGAUCAUCCACAGGAGCACAUCUGGUUGUCUCCGUGUCUCAGAAGCCCAAGUGACCUCAGCUAGAAUUUGGGCAUUUAACGCCACCAGUUCAAGCUGUGAAAGGCUCUUCCAGCAGAGAUACGUCAGGCAUCUUCACUUCUGACUUCCAGGCAUCUCUUGAAGACCUCUUCUUAUGCCAGCAAGCCUAUACAUCUGUUUAAAAUGUUGAUCUCCCAGUUAUUUUCAUGAUUUAUAUAUUUAUUUUACUAUUUCUUCUGGUGAUUUUUGUUUUAUUGUAAAAAUAUUAUUGUGCAGCACCUUGAUAGUUUAGGAGAUGGUGGCAUGUAAAUACUUUUAAAUAAAAUAAAUAACUGGUGAUUCGCCAGCCAUGCGCAGAGGACUACCAGUUGGCUGACUUUGUGGUGGGAGGCACCAAACCAAUGAGCUUCAUGAUGCCACAGGUGAACUUGGUUCAUCUCAUACUGACCAACAUCCCACUGACCAAAAUUGGGACGUUUCUUUUUUGGUACCCAGCUGAUCUGCACCAGAGCACCGGACCAAAAAAAUGGGACAUUAUUGGAUUCAAUCAGAAGUCAGGAUUGACUUCUGUAAUUCCAGGAUGUCCCACAUAAAUCAGGAUUGUUGAGUGGUAUGACAUCUUGGUGUGAUGCAAGCUUGAACUCACACCUUCAAUGUGGGUGGACUACCCAAGCCUUGGUAGACUUGGAGCCCUCCAGAUACUUUGGAGUUUCUAGAAGGACUUGUCCGGCAUCUUGCUGAAACCAAGGACACAUUAACACUUUAUUUCCCUCUGCAGGUUUGUGCAAUAAUGGAAAAGGGAAACUCGUAAAAAAAUUGAGCUUGGUACUAAAUGUCAUUCUGAUCAUUUCCAUCAUCAGCAGCAGUAGCAUUGCUUUAUCAAGUAAGUGAAGAGCCAUAUGCUGUAGCUUCUGCCAACUUCUCUACAGGCCACCUGUUCUCAAAAAUUUCUCCUUAGCAGCUAGAAUAGCUUUAUUGUUAUUCAGUUGAGGUAGCCUGGAAGCAGUUGCAGAUGGGGCCCACAUUCAGUUAAUGUAGUCUUUGUUUACUGUAGUAAUAGACCAAUAUGCACACAGAGAUGCUUAAAUUUUAAAUGAUAUAAACAGCCUUCUGCAAUCUGGUGCCUUUAUUGCAAGAGCAGCCAGUGGGCUGGGAUGAUGCUGGCCUCCUGGCAGUAGCAUUGUCGUUGCUUACAGGGUAUUGUGGGCAGCGGCAGAGCAAUCUGAUAGGGUGCCCAGGGUGGCGGGGCCAGCCGUCCACAGGGCUCUGAGGAGUCUGCCUGCCUCAUCCCCCUCCGUCAUCCUACAGCUGGGGAGGCAGCAGGUGGACCUUUUGAGCAGUAGAGCCAUGUCUCGGGCGCGCUGCAGGCCCCAAGGUGAGUGCUGCCUGGAUUUGUCACCCUUUCAGUGGUUGCACCCGGUGCAGCGUGCCCCUAUUGCACCCCCGUCACUACACCCUUGAAUGUGGGGUGGCUUGAAACCCACAGCAGGGGUGCCAGAAUUGCUCUACCAGCACCCACACUGCCCCAACCUUGCCGCCAUCCUGAACCACCAUAGUAAGCAGCAGUGAUGUCCUUUGUCAAUAGACUGACUCUACCCUGCCAUUUUGGAUUGUAUUUUCCCGUUAGCCACAGCCAGUGUGGCCAAUGGUCAGGGAUGAUGGGAGUUGGAAUUCAAUGACAUCUAGAGGGUUUUGUGGAAGUGGCCUGUUUUAAAAGAAUUCCAGCUCCAGAUGAAAAGGCCUGUACUGUACAUUUAUGAGCGCUAAGAAUAAGAGUGGGGAAACUGUGGCCCUUCUGACAUAGUUGGACUUUAACUUCCAUCAAUCCUCAUCAUUAUGUGGGAAGGACUGGUGGGAGUUGGAAUCCAACGACCUCCCAUCCCUUGUCUACUAAGUGUAGGAUAUCAACAAACAAACAAACAAACAAACAAACAAACCAGAAAGAACAUGAAUAUUAAGUAUUUGUGUAGCUGAAGUGAUUACAAAAUAAUAUCUGAACAAGAACAGCUACAAGCCUCCUAGCACAUAAGAAUAAUUCCAGUGCCACCUAGUGACUAAAUUGCACAAUGAUGUUAUCCACACAUGAUUUUACUUAAGAAUUUGACAGGUCCUUCAGGUUUUCCUGAGUUUCCUUAUGCUUUCUUGUAAAUGUUUUCUGUCAUGGCAGGAUACAAUUCUAAUCAAAUUCUCCUCUCAGGGAAAGUCAACUGGACCCUGGUCAACUGAGGUUUCUUAUGAGGAAUCAGGUGCAGGGACCUGACUGGCUUUGGAUGUGUGGCAGCCGUGGGAGAAGCUGCUCCAUGUUCUGCAGCCUCCUGGGUUUGUGGACAGAAAUGGGCCCUAGGUUUGCUGCACUCCCUCCUACCCUAAUUUACCCAAUCUGUUCCUCAUGCAGAGGAAGCACCCUUAUCCCGAGUCAGACUUGUAGUCCAUUUGGCCAGCGUUGUCUCUGGGAGUAGCCCAUUGAGUGCCCUCUAGACACUGUUGGUCUACGACUCCCACCAUCUGAACAUCACCUUGGCUCCUGCUGAGUCUACACUGCCUGGCAGUGGAUGCCCAGGGUUUCCAACAGGGAUUUCUACCUGGAGACGCUGUGGAUGGAACCAGAAAUAGUUUGCAUGCAGAUCAUUUGCUCUAUAACCUUUGGUCCCUCUUGCUGAGUACUUCUUCCCAGGCAACCAAUGAGGUGUCCUCAGCCUGGAGACGCUGAUUUCUGUGUGAAAUGUUUUUGUGUGCUAUGUUUGCAGUUAUGCUGUUUUGCUAUAUAGCAAUGAAAUUGUUUUUAGGAUGCCUGAUUCUGAGAUGUAUUUCCUUUUUCUUUGUUGUGCGCUGCUUUGAGCAGGAUUCCUUUUGUGGAAAGGCAGCAUAUGAAUAAAAUGAUGAUGAGUGGAGUACAUUGCCUGACCUUUAUUUUUGGUAGGACUAUUUAUAAGAUAUGGAUAGUGAUCUGUCUCACUUUCUGAUACCUUUCUAGGGAGAAGUGAAGUAUUACCACCCACCCUACAUUCUCCUUCCACUCCAACUGUGUGCUGUCCGGACGGCUGGAUUGGCUACCAAAGGAAAUGUUACUAUUUUUCAGACAGUGACAGGAACUGGACUUAUAGCCAGAAUUACUGUGCCUCUUUCAAUGCCUCUUUGGUCGUGAUUGACUCCCAAGAAGAGAUGGUGAGUGAAAAGUCUGAAGCCUUAAAUGGAGUUGAUUUUCCACUUGGAUGAUAGUUGAAAAUGUAUUCAUACUUCCUUUCUUUAUUAAGAUCUUCCUGAGACGGUACAAAGGUCAUUUUGACCACUGGAUUGGUCUCCAAAGGAUGAAUGACCAGGAACCUUGGAAAUGGAUCGAUGGCACCAUUUUCAAUAAAUGGUGAGAUCUCUCCCCACCCCCACCCCCCGCGUUGUGUGUCAAGAAAUAAAUGUCGAAGUCCAGAAACUAGAAAUUUGGCAGAACCAGCCAUUUAAAUGUCUGGGCUAUGCAGAAUGUUUUGCUUUUGAAAAACUCUCUCUCUCUCUCUCUCUCUCUCCACACACACACACACACACACACACACUUUUGAAUUUAUUCAGGAGGGUGGACAGAGACAUAGCUACAGUGGUGGGGGCCUAGGGGCAGGGGGCCAGGAUUUUGCCCCAGGUGAAGCCUUCAUAGGGGUGCCAUUGAGUCACCCAGCCUGAGUGUGUGUCAAUAUUUCCACUCUUCUUCUGAAGUCAGGGGUUUUUAUACCAUUUGCUGAGGCCCUGAGCCAAGAUCACAUAGUCUAAAAUGUAAAUGUAUUAAAUUAAUAUAAAUGAAGCUGCCUUCUGCAGUUUUCUUCAGGUGAAAAUUAGCUUCCAGGGCUUCCUGUACAUACAUUGGGGGAUCUCUUUUCAGGUACAUACAUUGGGGGGUCUCUUUUCAGUUGCAUGGUCUUAUACUUGUUCUUAGGGAUACCAUUUCUACAUUCUGUUGCUUUUUAGGUUUGAAAUCCGGGGAGGAGGAACAUGUGCUUACUUGAACCAUCUGGGUGUUGCUAGCGGCAGCAGAGGAAGCGAAGAACGCUGGAUCUGCAGCAAACCAGUUGGUAAAUGAGAAACAGCAUAGGCUUCUAAGUCGUGCAGAUCACACUCAAUGAGGUAUGCAUAAUGGGCUGGCCCCCUGUAGCCUCCACAACCAAAGAGAGUGAUUAGGCUGUCCACCCUAGCUAUUGAAUCUGUGGGUGUAGAUGGAGGAAAAACCUUACUUGAUUUCGUUGGGCGGUCCAGAUUUUGGGUUUGGUAUGUGUGCUUUUAUUUAAAAUGCAUCUCUGGGUUAUUUGUGGGGCAUAGGAAUCCGUUCAUUUCCCGCCCCCCACCCACAAAAUAUAGUCCGGCCCCCCACAAGGUCUAAGGGACAGUGGACUGGACCCCUGCUGAAAAAGUUUGCUGACCCCUGUAAUAUUUCCCGCUUGGACUACUGCAAUGCACCCUACGUGGGGCUACCUUUGAAGGUGACCCAGGAACUACAGUUAAUCCAGAAGGCGGCAGCUAGACUGGUGACUAGGAGUGGCCGCCGGGACCACAUAACACUGGUUCUGAGAGAUCUGCAUUGGUUCCCAGUACGUUUCCAAGCACAAUUCAAAGUGUUGGUGCUGACCUUUAAAGCCCUAAACAGCCUCGGCCGCCCCCAUCGUUUAGGGGGUGGAGGUCCAGCUCCAAGGGCCUUCUGGCAGUUCCCUCCCUGCGCAAAGUGAGGUUACAGGAAACCAGGCAGAAGGCCUUUUCAGUAGUGGUGCCUGCCCUCCCAUCAGAUGCCAAGGAAAUAAAUAUCUGACUUUUAGAAGACAGUGGCUCCCCAUUUGUAGAAUGCUUUCCCCGGGAGGUUCAGCUGGUGCCUUAAAGGGAAAUCUUCAAUUAACAAUAUCACCCAGUAGUGCCACAAUGCUAUCCUAUGGGAAACUUCAGAUAAUCACUAAAAACCAGCCGUUUCACUUAUCUUCCUCAUUUCAAUGGUGCUUUACUCUUCUCAGGGAGGAGGAGGGGAGGGGACAGGUGUCAGACCAGAUAUUACCAGUCAAGAUAAGGAGGGCAGGUAGGGUGAGGAAGGUGUUAUCGGAAUCACAAAACCCCACGUGAAAAAAUCCAUCUCCAGAAUGGAAUGCAACCUGGCUUGAACAAAUAAAGAAUGGAAAUGGUUCAUUGAAUAUUUACAAACAAACUGUAAACAGAUAAGAACACUGGCAGGAUUGUUGUAAUAACCUGCAGUUUUAUAAAGACUCUCCUCCCUGGAAGAGAGGGGAGUGGUUGUGGGCGGGAGCCCAAGCACCGCCCCUAGCAGGGGGAAUUAGCCCCCUGCCUCCUCCUCUCACCUGGCUGGCGCCCACGCCCCCUUGGCAGGCAUCCAACCAGGUGCCUUCGAGGGGGCGUGUUCAGCAGCCUUUUGCGGCGGUGCCAGCCUCUCCUCGGCCUCAUUCUUCUCCGUCCUCUCGUCGCGAGUCACCCACCCUCCACUCCCUUUUAGCUCAGGGUCUUUGUUCUUUGGCCUUGCUAUGGACCUUAGGUUGAUCGCCCUGGUUGUCUAGGGGGCCUGUUAGGACUUUUUCCAUUCGGCAUGAGGCUUUUUUGUUUCUUCGCCUACCUUGUAGCAAUCGUCACAACUUUUUGUGGUAUUGGUGGGUAGGUUAGGCAUUGGAAUAAUGUGUUGUGGUGUGUUGAAGGGCUGGGUGUGGCCAUCGCCUAUGCCUUCAAUUUUUGGGUAUUCCGUUAAAGGAAUCUGGCGGUUGUGUACUCUGUCCGAUGCCUGCUUGGUGGGAGGCCAUGGCACGACCCCUGGUGACAUCAGGGGAGAGCCUAUAGUUGGAUUAGCAUCAACAGGCUCCACCUACUGGUGAAUAAACCCCCUUGUUUUAGACAUCCAAUGCCUAAGCCAAUACCUUUUCACUGCUGUAAUCAAUAAAGUUGUGGCCUUUUCUUGCCCAUUAACCUUAUAUCACGUGUCCUUGUGUAUUUAUUUCACAUCGCGGGGGUCGGGUCCUCGAACCACAAGAGUAUAUAUUAAAAGUAGAUGAAUAAAUGUGUAAAGUAAGUUAAUUUGGAGAUGAAAAAAAUAUUAAAAAUAAAUUUAAGGAACCGCAGAAGGAAGGGGAAGGAUGUCAAGUUCUGAAAUGUUCAAAUGAUUGUAAAAUUAUUGACAUGUAUAAAAUUGAAACUCAUUAAUAAAAUAAAAUAAAAGAUAAAGAUAAACAUUUUUUUAAAAAGACACCACUCCUAUGGUGUGUGCAAUGUUUUGAUGACACUGUGUGAAAUGUGUUAUGGGAAAAUUUGAGAACUUUAAAAAACUCAUGUAACCUUUGUUCAGGGCUCUGUCUUUUUUGCUUGCCUUAAAGGUUGGAACCUUUGUUGCAACAAAUAAAGAUCAGGCCUAUUGGCUGCUGAUUUGCUUCUUCAUUGCUUGGCUGAAGUCUCUUAUUUUCUCUGACUGAUACAGACUUCGCAGGGCUAGACUCUAGCGAAGUUGGGAAAUGGUUUAAGUAGUGUACCCCAAUUUUGGGAUGUGAGGGGGAAAUACAAACUGCAGAGGAAUUCCUGGGUUAGCCUUUGGGAAACGACCUGUUCAAGCUAGGGCCAUUAAGGAUCAACAGAGGGCCAGGAGGAAGCAGACAAGGAUGUCCACUUCCACCUUUGCUCUUUAAAAUGUGUUUAGAACCCCUGGCAUUAGAUAGCAUUGUGAGAUUCAUGAAGGAGUUGAAUAUGCUUAUUUCAAAGCCUCAUUCUAGUAUUCCUAAUUUGAUGAAAGCAACGGAUGAUUUGGGUAAAAUAUUAGGACACUCAACUAAUUGGUCCAAAUUGGAAUGGUUGCCUAUAGGUGAAAAUCUAAUUACAUAUUUUUUGCUCUAUAAGACUCACUUUUUCUCUCUUAAAAAGUAAGGGGAAAUGUGUGUGCGUCUUAUGGAGCGAAUGCAGGCUGCGCAGCUAUCACAGAAGCCAGAACAGCAAGAGGGAUUUCUGCUUUCACUGCGCAGUGAUCCGUCUUGCUGUUCUGGCUUCUGAGAUUCAGAAUAUUUUUUUUCUUGUUUUCCUCCUCCAAAAACCAGUCUUGUGGUCUGGUGUGUCUUUUAGAGAGAAAAUUACGGUACUCAUUCAUUUAAGCAAUACCAAUUCCGGAAUUGUACCAAAUUUAUUCAAUAUCUAGGUAUGUUAAUACCAAGAAAUAUAACCCAGUUAGUAACAGUAAACAUAAAUAAUAAAAGAGUCUUCACUAGAUAUUGACAGGUAGGAACCAUUAAACCUUACUUUUGGGGGGAAAGUGCAUGCUCUCAAAAUGAACAUUACUCCCAGAUUUCUUUAUGUCCUGAGAGGACUUCCAGCUUUUAUACCUGGGUCAUAUUUUCAAAAGAUAAAUUCUCUGUUUAGGAAAUGUCUUUGGAGCUCAAAAGCACUGAGGAUAUCUAUGCAGAAAAUACCAUUACAAAUGAAAGAAGGUGGAUUUGGAAAUAUUGGAGACCUCCUGAUGGUCUUAACUUCCUGACAUGGGCAACCUUAGAAUAUACAUAUAUAGCACUUUUGGUUGGUUGGACAGCAUUAGAAUCAAAAAUAUUUCAGAAAUAUUUGAAAUUUCAGAUGACUCUUGAAAUAAUUCAGUUAGAAUACUGGAUUGUUGUAGCUAAUAAAAGCAACUUUGAUCCAUUUUCCCAUGCAAAACUUACUCUGUGGGGAUAUCCUACUCUAAAAAUUUGAAUAGAAGAUGGUAAGAUGGAAAAACUGGAUGGAAGCAGGUGUAUUGACCUUGAUAGAUGAAGAAUAUGAACAUUACAUGUAUGAUGUUCUAAGAGAAAAAUAUCACCUGUCCUAUGAGGCCCAAUGGCAAUAUCUGCAUCUUUCCAUACAGCAUCUUUUAACAACCUCAUCUCAAAUGUUCAGUGUAAAGAGUGCAUCUUCAGCAUUCACCAGAAGCGAUAGAAUGGUGCCAGGAUGGGGAAGGAGUUCCACAACGUAGGGGCUGCAUAGUGGCCUAGCUAGCACGAUGGUCUCAUGAACAUUCAAACCAUCUCCAUAGCGAACCAUUCUAUCCUGCAUCUGCUUCACAUCAUUUUUAAGCUCUGUCAGGUCCUUUUGGAUCAGCUUCAGAACUUGUACUUGAGCCAGUAAAUUUCAGUAAAUUAGUAUUAGUGUCCUCCACCACCAUUUCACUGAUUAGUGACGCUGUUGGACUUGAAGAAGCUGCCUCUCAUUUCGCACUAGUUGACAUGGCUACAUCUCAUUAAAAGAAAUAAUACAUAAUGGGAGGUUUUAUAUACUCAGUAAUCAAUGACUUUGUCCAAGCAGUCCGAUAAUUCAGUAGUUUGAAAGCUUGUUAGUCUGAAGAGGAACGAGAAAUUUGCUUUCAAUGGGUUUUGGGGAAUUGACUGCUUUGAAUGAAAGGGACGGUGCUGUUCUGUUUGUAUUGUAAUUAUUGGCCAGGUUUGCUGUUUUGUGCUGUCAAAUUCUACAACUGAUCCUCAACUGUCACUUCAAACCAAUCUUUCAGUAGCCAAAAUAUAUCUACUUCAAAUUCCCUUGUUAUCUCUGGAUUUCACCUAGAGGUAUUUUGCUGAAAACAGAAUCUUCUUGGUAUUCAAUAUCUUUUAAAUUUUUGUGUUCCUGGCAAAUAACAAAAUCCCACAUAAUUAUUAUCUGGCCUUUGUUCUGGGCUCUUUCUUUGGUUUUAUUUGCAGAUGGUAUCCUUCUGCUUAUUUCGAAGACUCAAUCUAGUAUUUCUAAUUUGAUGAAAGCAAUUGAUGCUUUGGGUAAAAUUUCAGGAUUUUACCCAGAGGUAUUUUGCUGAAAAUAGAGAAAUGCUUUUCACAAUCUUUUUGGUGUUCAGUAUCUUUAAAAAUUGUGUGCUCCUGGCAAAUAACAAAACCCCACAUAAUUAUUAUCUGUAUCAAGCUAAAAUAUUACAGUAAAAGAGAGUCUUUCUGGCAAAUCCAUCUAAGUUCAAUACUGCAGGCUUCAGCGACGAGUUCAGACUUUAUCUUGCCACAAUAGUUCCCUUUGGCAUACUUUGGUUCUGGAAAUCUGUGGAAGGAAAGGGUAGAGUUGAAGGUCAGGACUGAAGACUGUUACAACUAUCCCCCCCCCCCCACAUUCUUAAUAGAAAUCAGGGGUGUUCCCAAAAUGUGUAAUAAGCUGGCUGUGUGCAUUUGAAUCCUUCAGACAUGCAUGAAUAGUAUCAAAUUGAAUAGCAUGAAGAAAGUCAUUAUUAUUAUUUAUUAAAUUUAUAUACCACCCUAUACUCGCAGGUCUCAGGGCAGUCCACAGGAUACAAAGGUCAUGCGUGCUUGAUAAUGGGAUCGAGCCAUCUUACCCUUUUCCUGCCCCAAGACCAAAUAUUUUCCUUUGAGGCAUGGGAAGGAGGGUUGCAGCAGUGGUGGAGAAUCCUGGGCAUACUUUACAUCCCGGGAACUAAAAAUGACCAGCCCAGUUUGCCACCUAGGGAGAGUUGGUGAAUUGGUGUAAUGGGGCAGAUAUAGGAGCUUGAGAGCAGAGCUGGCUUCCUUGUUGGUAUUUGGACCUCAGCACAUUCCCAGCAACAAUGGAUGUGCAACACUCUGUAUUAGUCGGUGACUUACCUCAACCACAUUAAGACUUUACAAAGCCCAACUGGUCAGUUGGUCACCCCAAAUUAAAUGAGAUGGGGGGGGCACCCGUCAUUAACUGCUAAUAACCUUCCAGUUCUCCCUUCCUUCUCUCUCCUCUGAUUUUCCUCUAGGACCGAAAAUGAACUUCUGGCCAGUUCUUUUUGAAUGUAGGUGUUAUGUACUGAAGUUCUCACCCUGAGCCAGCAGGGGGAUACUGUAGAUAGUUAUGCAAAUAAGGGAUCGAAAGUGACGUUCAGUGAUUGGAUAGUUUUAGAAAGUUGUUACAAUUAUGUGUACUGGAGCUCUAUAUAAGCAGGGGGAUACUGUAGAUAGUUCAGGUCCACGUAUGCAAAUAAGGGAUCAAAAGUGACGCUCAGUGAUUGGAUAGUUACAGAAAAUGGUUACUGUUGCGUUCUAGUGGAGCUCUAUAUAAGCAGGCUGACUGAACCCUUCAGUUCAGUUCUGUUCUGGCCUCUGAAUAAACAAGAGCUGUUUGAAGAAACGCUGUGUCGUCUGAUAUGUUCACCCACAACUUAACAGUAUGUAUGUGUUAAGAGUGACAAAAAAGUCUCCCUCUUUUACAUUGCAUUUCCAACAGUUCUUAUUUUUCAUUUUGUACAUUUGUUAGUUUGGUGGGUAUUAAGUACCACCUAUAAAUGGAAUUUGGCAGCAUCUUAUAUACCAGUCCCUCUCUCUGCAUGAGAAUGCUGGCAACCUAAUUGGAACCGGUGCAGAAACCUGUGCCUCAAUUGCACACCCAAAUAAUCUGAGCUCUAAAAAUUGCAUGAUGUUUUGCUUAGGUUAAAAACAAUGAGAAGAACUCACAGACUCUGAUCAAGCUGGGAGCCUGUAAUCCACAUCCAUUUAUUCUCUGCUAAUGAUAGUGAGAGUCCGAUCCAGAAUUUUGCAUUUUUGAAUUUUUGAAAAAGAUAUUUGCUGAUUUUCAAACUGAUGGCAUCAAAACAAAGAUUAAUAUAAACUCCACUAUCAACCGCAUCCUCCUGGAAAGACUUUCUAAAUAAAAAGAGGACUUGGGCUACAGUUACAUGAAUUUGCUUGCAACUUACUGCUUUGGUUCUCACUAGUCAAUCUCCCCAAGGCCCUAUCUAGACACUGAUGAACUGGCCUUGGGUGGGAAUGGGAUGAAAUACUAAACAAGGCCCUGCACUCCACAAGCUUCUCAAGUCACAAAGCAUGAUACCAUUGUCGAGUUACUAAGUUAGAAUUAAACGCAAUUGGACUCAGGCUUCCUUCAUGCAUUGCAUGAAAUAUAUCAUUGUUCCUGACCAUGUCCUGUUUGUCUUGGAUGACCAGCAGAUGAGAAUCUCUUGUUGAACAGUCAUGUUGGCUCUCAUUCCAGGUUUUAGUAUCUUCCGAUUGCCAGUAGCAUUUGUCCCUGUGGAGCUGCCAUUGUACAGGGCACACUUUGCAAGUGGAAUUAACUGUGGAAGGGAAGAUAGACACAUAAUUUAAUGAUUCUGACUGGCUCACCAUUUCCAAUGUAGAAAAACAUUAUGUACUCUGCAACUGCAGAAACCAGUGGCUUUAGGCUUACUGACGCCAAUAGUGCUUCAGUAGCCACAACCUCAAUAAGCUAAACUAUAGUAGUCCCUCCAAACUGGUGGCUUUAUUUAUUGACUGAAAAGGUGAUUGAUCAGAUGGGGUGGGUGGGUAGCAAAAUAACGCUUGUAGCAUAGGGAAAGGGGCAGCUAGUCACAGAAAAUGAGUUAAAAGUCUAUAGCCAAUUGAAGUACAGUCAUACCUCGGAAGUCGAACAGAAUCUGUUCUGGAAGUCCAUUUGACUUCCGAAACAUUCAACUUCCGAAGCGCGGCUUCUGAUUGGCUGCGAAAGCCCCAUUGGACAUUCAGCUUCUGAAAGAACAUUCGAAAACCGGAACACUCACUUCCCGGUUUUGAUCAUUUGGGAGUCGAGGUACGACUGUAUAUGUUUGGACCAAACCACAUGUUUCAAUACAUCGAUUUGUGACAUUAUUCUGACUGUUGCUUCCUUACUGCAAAACUUAUUCGUGAUGGGGGGAACUUGCGGUUUGAAAGUGGAUUUUGUCCCAUUGGGAUUCCACAGUGACCUAUAUUUGUAAAAAAAAUAAAAACAGGUACAAUAUAUAAAUUUUUACCUGAGGGCUUGCUCUGGUAUUGGUUGCAGAGGCUGCGUCUUAGGAAAGCCUGAAACUUGUCUAAACAGAGAUUGCAUCUGCCAGCAUUUACUCUGGUUUCUCCUUUAUCAGUUUUCAACUGCAAAGCUACUCCUCACCAAACAAACAAACAAACAAACAAACAAACAAACAACACAUUUAUUUAAAUAAAUAAGCAUCAUGUUAACACACAUAAUCAAAAUAUGGAGGCCAAGGAAUGAAAAAAGAAGAUGGAUACAAUUACCGUAGAUUCCGGCGUAAUAGGCGACUGGACGUAUUAGACAACCUCCCAAAUUGGCAGCUCCAAUUUGGGGGUUUGUCUUAUAAGCUCAGUCUUUCUCCCAGAACGGAGCCCGCUGCAUGCCGCCUAUACCCGGCGUAUAAGACGACCCCCAACUUUUUAACCUCUUUUCCAGGGUUAAAAAGUCAUCUUAUACACCGGAAUCUACGGUAGAUACGGAGAGCAAGCUGCAAAAGAGACCUGCCACAAUUCCUCCCACAGAAGUAUGAAUCCAUCUUGGCCUUCUUCAGAAAAUCACAUAGUAAGGGGAAUGAUGGCAGCAUCUUUACGAAUAUAAAAGUAUUUAUGUUAUCUGCUUGGUUGCUAAAGAAAAUAGACAAAAAUAACUCUUCACAAUGUUGGAGAAACUGUGGGAAUGAUGGAAAACUUAUGCACAUCUCUGGGAAUGCCCACAGAUUAAAAACUUUUGAUUAAAAGUAUUUCAGGAUAGGGAACAAAUUACAUUUCAAUCGAUUGCUUCAGAUCCCAAAUGACACCACAAUCGUACCUUGGAUGCCAAAUACCUUGGUACUUGGACGUUUUGGCUCCCAAAAGCAGCAAACCCGGAAGUGAGUGUUCCGGUUAGUAAACAUUCUUUGGAACCCAAACUUCUGACAGGGCAUCUGCAGCUUCUGAUUGACUGCAGAAUCUUCCUGCAGCCAAUCGAAAGCUGUGCUUUGGUUCAUGAACGUUUUGGAAGUCAAACGGACUUCUGGAACAGAUUCCGUUUGACUUCUAAGGUACAACUGUACUUUCAAUAUUUGUGGAUGAAGCACAUACAAUUUAAAAACAAGAAUACCACAUAUAUGGAAUCAAUUCAAAUCCAAGAGAGAUAACGACUGGGACAUUAGAAGAUUAUAUAUUAACAAGUAGUCUUAUUUUUAACAUGUGAUAAUAUGCUCUAAUUUUCCCCAUUUUAAAUUCCUUGAGGGAUUUUAUCCCACUGCUCGGUAAGUUGCUGGAUGAUUCUACUGAAUCUUGGAGACUCUGGGGUUGAUAGUCAGGAGUCUCAUCUUCUGCUGCUGUUCUGAGAGCUGCCAUACUGGGCUAAACCAAAUGUUCAUAACCUGCUGAAUGGGCUGGAGCUGAUGGAAGAUGUUAGACAAUCAUUCUGUAUGUGCUUUUACUGUAUGGUAAACCACUUCCAGGAUGCCACAUGGAAAGCAAUUCAUAAAUGAAAUAAUAAACAAUACUCACCCAAGACUGUCACAGCCACCCCCAGGAUGAUGAUCACAAAGCCUCCUGUCCACAGGGUGAUCUGGUACCAACAGGGAAGCCCAGAAGCAUCUGUGAGGAGAGGGAAAACUUGAAUGAUGCGAGUCCGCAGUGCCUAGACUAGAGUCUCCUGCAACUCAUUGCAGGGAUAUAAUGCUGGGUGAUUUGUUUUUGUUUUGUUUUUUGACACAAAAAAAUCGCUUCAGGAGACAACAGGCAAAUGGUAUUUGUUUAGUAAUGACCGCUCCCCACAUCAAGUGGGGGGCGCCUUUUGCGUGGUCGCACGCAGCCCCCUGGAUCCCAGUGCGGCUCCCGGUAGUACAGGCUGGCUUUGCCCUCCCCAGGCUGGAUACCUGGAGGUCUCUGCUACCUCAACCAAUCGUCCAAUCCCGCCUGGGGAGGCGCUGCCAGGGGAUUGGCCAGGUAGGGGGAGGGACCACCCUGCCCACACAACAGAAUCUUACCUGCAAAGCAUCAGUUGGCUCCAGAGCUUCUACCCUGCCCUCCCUCAAUUAAGUCUUCUUUUGCAGGUUAACCUCUUCUCCACAGGUACGUGGGCACUGCUACAUCAUGAUCGCUGUUGAAGGGCCAGAAAAGAAUUUUCCUGCAUCGGCAGGUUUUGCCUUUCCCUUAGCAAAACAUCACAACUUUGGUGGUUUCAGGCCUUGGGCAGAAUCCUUUAGUCUGUCUUCCUAAAUGGGCGGGGCGUGAAGCGGUGGACCCCCCCUUGCGGCUGUGAUCCCAGGGUUCCCCGUUAAAGGGGUCUUGAGGGGAGGCAUUGGCCAUACGCCGAGAGGUUGUCAUUGCUCUCCCCUGCGAUGGCGGCAAAACAGGGGGCAGGCUCUCUGCUUGAAUAAAUGUUCUCCAGAGCCAGCCCAAUCCCCACACAUUCUGGAUAACCCUGAUGUCUCCCAGAUCCCUGGCUGGGGACUGGGAAGGAUAUACGCCCAAUACCUGAGACAAGGUCUCCCUACAUCUGAAACUUAAUAAAGUUGUGGCCAAUUUUAAUCCCAUAACACAUUGUCUUGAGUCAUUAUUCCACUCGGGGGUCGCCUGGGGUUGGGGGCUCCACCUGUUCAUGCAAAUUGCCAAAAUUCAUUGUAUUAGGCUUGAAAAAAAUUGUGUGCUGGCUGCGCAAAACUGCAAACAAAAACGUGCAUAUUCAGAGAAAUGCACACUAAAAUGUUGAAUGUUCAGGAGGAGUUUAAAGGGGUGUGUGGAAGUGAUGUAGGAAUGUGGAGAUCUGCCAAGCUAAACUUGUCUAAUUUAGAAGUUCACAAAAGACAAAAAUAAGAUUGAGCUUUGAUGGAGCUUGCACGAUAAUGAGAAAAGGUGAUCUCCCACUCCACAUGCAAGAACUCAUGAGCAGUCUUUGAUACCAGUCUUCUGAUGAUCUGAAAAUCUCGUCACUGUUCUGGAUCUCCAGUUGUAACCCCUUGACUAUGUUCAGCUCACUGUCAUUGAUUUUGUGCUCCUCUUCCUAUCUGGCAUGAUUGAAAAUAUAUUGCCACGGGGGGCCACCAGGUGGCGCGUUGGAAGAUGGCCGACAAUAACAUCUCCCUGACCCAUACGAGGUACUAAGGGGCUGCUAUGGGAAGUAUGCAGCCUUCCUGAACUCCUCCAGGAUGUGGAGGAGAACUGUCCUGCCAGCGAUGUUCACAAUGCACCCCCUGAAACGAGUGAUGGGGGUGCCGAACACUGGCACAGGCCCUCGGUGAAGUCAGAUCUUCCUGAAGCCGAUUCCAAUUAGCGCGUGCUGGUUGCUUCAGCUUGGAAUUAUAAUUGGAAACAUACGAUUGGAAACGAAGCUGAAAGCACAUACAUCAAGUAAAGCUCGAAGAUAAGACUGCUGAUUAAUGGAUCUCUGCGACCAGGAGUGACGGAUGGAUAAGUAAAUCUUCUGAUGAAUCACCAUAAGGAGACUGUAUGUUUGGAACGAAGGGGGGGUGGAGGAAAAAAACUCUUUUUUUCUUUGCAUGAUGUGACAUUAAUAAACCUUCACCCCAGAUAGAAACAAGAUUGUCGCGUUUCUAUGAAUCACAGGCAGGAUUUUAAGAACUAUGUGGGACGGAGUAUAAGGAAAGAAGACUGCAGAAUGGUGAGAAAAGAAGAAAAAUUUUAUGACGCAGUUAAAAAAUGGCAUCUCGCCAUGACAGGUUUGCCAAGGAAGAAGGACUGGGGGGGGGGGGGGAAUCAGGAUUGUUUGAAAGAGAAGGAAUGCUGGAAUGUAAGUUUGACCUGACAGAACCCCCAGACUCAUUUGUUAUUUGGUAAGCCUGAGAAAAAUAAAGGACAGAUCGGAGAUUAAUUUUGUUUAUGGAAGCGUUGUACAGAGGCUGUCCUGGAUCGAUAUGAUUUUUGGAAAAGUACAAAAUCCACAUAGAAUGCCAGCUGUUAACCUGCUUGUGAAAAUCAUCAGAGAUUGCAAAGAAAGGAAUUUAUGAUAACAACAAGAAGAGAAAAGAAGUAACAAAGGACUUUCCGGAUCAAACUGGAGAGAACCGUCUAAUUAAUGCAGUAAGAUAAGUGAUGCUGUUUUGGACUCGAGCGGAGCUUGAUGUAUGGGUACCCCAACAAAAUUUAAAAAUUGGCUGUAUAAUUUGGAAUCAAUGUGAUAAUGUGAUGUGAUUGGCCUGUUAAUAUAUAUUUUUUUUUUAAAGAAAAUAUAUUGCCACUUUCUGGUGUCUGUUAUGUUUUUAAUGCAGAUUUCCUCCACUGCUGAUGUGACUGUCAGCUGUCAGCAGCAUGCUUUGUCAAAAUCAGGGAAGAGAAAUACAGCGAAGAAGAGAGGAAGGAAACCAUCUUUUAUGUCUGGUGUUUUCAUAGAAUCAUAGAGUUGGAAGAGACCACAAGGGCCAUCGAGUCCAACCCCCUGCCAAGCAGGAAACACCACCAGAGCACUCCUGACAUAUGGUUGUCAAGCCUCUGCUUAAAGACCUCCAAAGAAGGAGACUCCACCACACUCCUUGGCAGCAAAUUCCACUGUUUUGUAUUAGUUUGAAUUUUAAAAAUCUUCAGAUUCUUAAGAAAACAUUCAUCCACUAAUAGGAAGCAGGUUGAAAUACUUUGCUAUUUUUAUUUAGAGGAAAAAGUGGAUGUGUUGCAUUGAUUUUUCUGCAGAAGAAUUAUAGAAUAGUAGCAUCAGAGGGGACCAAUCUAUGCAGAAUAGUCCAAUCUAUGCAGUUCUAGCAUACAGGAAUCAAACCUGCAACCUAGGCAGUAUAUGAACCAUGUUCUAACCAACUAGGCUAUAUAUUCACAGAAAAUGUACCCUCACAUCCAAAGUGGUUGAAAAAAUCAUGGUUAUUAACAGACGUAUCUGGCAAUCGGUGAGCAUGGGAAUAUUUAUAUGCAUUCACUAACUGAUGUAAUUUCAGUACCCCGUGGCAAGAAGUCUUGAAGCUGAUAGCUAUGGAAAUUUUGUUCCAAUUCUGCAAUCUGUAUUUGCCGCAUAAAACGUGCUCCCCCCUUUUUGGGGUUUUUUUGUUGUUGUUUUUUGGACAUGUUUAUAGUUUAAAGUUGAUAUUAGCGCCAUUAAAACACACAAUAAAACAAUUGCUUCAAGACAUAAGCAUGCCCAAUGAAAACAUGCAACAAAAAUUCCUUUAAAACAUGGCAGUAAUUAAUCAUGAGAUUUAUGCUGAGAAAUCUGUGUAAACAGGGGCAUCUUCAAAAGCCCGCAGAAUGCCAAUAGAGAUGAAUAUGCUUGUGUUUCAUCAUGGAGUGCCUUCCAUAUCGCUAGUGCUAUCGGUGAAAGGAGCCCACCUCCCACAAGCCAAGAAUCAGGAAGGUGUGGCAAGACUAAUUGGGCUUCAUUGGUUGUUUUAAUGCCCUUACCUGACAACGAAAGGGAAGUUGUUCUUUUAGGAAAUCUGGUCCAGAGCUGUUUAGGGGUUUAUACCUAAGUAACGGCGUUUCCGUGUGCUGCUCUGGUUUGCCAGAAGCGGCUUAGUCAUGCUGGCCACAUGACCCGGAAGCUGUAUGCCGGCUCCCUCGGCCAAUAAAGCGAGAUGAGCGCCGCAACCCCAGAGUCGGCUAUGACUGGACUUAAUGGUCAGGGGUCCCUUUACCUUUUACGUAAGUAACAAGACCUUAAAAAUCCAGCUUGAUGUCUAAUGGGCAGCCAGUGCAAAUCCCUUACUACAGGCAUGAGAUGUGCCUGGUAAGACAGACAUGGUCCAAAUGGAAGUUACUCUGCCCAUUCAAUAAAUCCGCUCCACUUCCCAGUGGGGAGGAGUUGUGAUGGACCACGUGGCCACCCUCUCCCCUCCAUGGGUGGGGGAUGAAGUUCCACGUCCCCCGGAGGUUCCCAGCCAUGUCAUUCACCUGCCAGCCAAUCCGCUGGCUUUGGGGGCGUAGCUGGGCCCCAUUUAAACUGAGGCAUGAGCCGGAGAGAUUCCUCUUGGCUCACUUCCUCAAUCUCCCUCCCUUCCCCCCUAUUUUCAGGUUUCGAAUUUGGCCUUGCUAUGGACCUCGGUCUGUAUAGUCAAAGUUAUGGUUUUCCUAGCAGUGAUGUAUGGAUGUGAAAGCUGGACCAUAAAGAAGGCUGAUCGCCGAAGAAUUGAUGCUUUUGAAUUAUGGUGCUGGAGGAGACUCUUGAGAGUCCCAUGGACUGCAAGAAGAUCAAACGUAUCCAUUCUUAAGGAAAUCAGCCCUGAGUGCUCACUGGAAGGACAGAUCCUGAAGCUGAGGCUCCAAUACUUUGGCCACCUCAUGAGAAGACAAGACUCCCUGGAAAAGACCCUGAUGCUGGGAAAGAUUGAGGGCACAAGGAGAAGGGGAUGACAGAGGACGAGAUGGUUGGACAAUGUUCUCGAAGCUACCAUCAUGAGUUUGACCAAACUGCGGGAGGCAGUGGAAGACAGGCGUGCCUGGUGUGCUCUGGUCCAUGGGGUCACGAAGAGUCGGACACAACUAAACGACUAAACAACAACAACAACAUGGACCUCGGUUAGUCUCCAUUGAGGGGCCUGGUAGGAGUUUUUCCACUUGGCAAAUUGGCGUGGGCCAUUUGGUUUUUGCCUACCUCGUAGCAAUUGUCACAACUUUGUAAGGUUUGGCGGUUAGGCAUUCGUUGAUCUUAUGACGGGGGAGGUGAGGUGUGGCCAUCAUCUGCCACUCCAAGUUUAAGGGUAUACCAUUAAAGGAAUCCGGGGGUGUGGCUCUUGUCUGAAGUCCAGGGCUGGGCUAGGGCCAUGCCAUGACCCCGUUGGGAAUCCAGGGGGAGCUCGAGUUGGUUUGCAUUGACAGGGCUCCCCCUACCGGUGGUUGACCCUUACCAGACUCCCUGCAUAACAUGCAGGAGUCAGAUAUAGCCGGGUCAGUUCCAAUGCCUAAGCCAAUACCGCUCACAUUCUGUAACCAAUAAAGUUGUGGCCUAAAUUUGCCCAGUAAGCUUAACCUAAUAUUUGUGUCCUUGUGUCUUAUUCAUCAACGAGGGGGUGGUCUCGGGGUCUCGACACGCAAUUUAGUUGCCUAACAAUAUUGCUCAAUAACCUGACAAAAAGAAAUGGAGCGCCAGAUGCUAAAAAAUGAGGCAUUCUCUUUAACCAGGAAGUGGACCUGAUGUGGAAAGAAGUUCUGCAGCAAAACUUUGGCCAUUGCAUUUGAAAACGUGUCCUGGGCUGCAGUGAAAGAAAUGAGUCACCAACCUUUGUUGGGCAGGCCCAGUGGGGAACAGGUGUUAGCAGAGAAAAGGACAGGCAGGCGCUGUAGUUUUCACCAUGAGUCACCUCCGUGGCUCAGUAGGUGCAUAGGAAAAGGAUGUGGGUGGAGCGGGUGGUCAGGCAACAGGCUCACACCUUUAAACUGUGCCUUGGCCAGGACAUUGGGUGCAGCAUCUACAGAAGCGUUUUUCUUCGCUAGGCUGGGGGAAGGAGUGUGAAAUGUUGCAGAAGAAGCAGCAAGCAAAGACCCAUCUAUGCGCACGCUUCAUGCUACAUGCAUGCUUGGAAUUUGAAUAAAAGCAUAUUAUAACAUCUUAUGUCAAUGUCUUGUGGUUGUUGUUUUAGUGUUCAUACUAUUAACUUGUAAGAUAUGGAUUUGUGUUUUUGUUUUGUUUUGUGUUUGUUGUUGUUGCUUUUUUCAGUUUUCGAAUGUUGAUAUUUAUGUGUUGUGUAUUGUUAUUUUCUGAUAUCUUUCAUGUUGUUGUUGUGUGGAAAAUACUAAUAAAAUUUAUUUUUUAAAAAAAGAAUUUGAAUAAAAGCAUAUUAUAACAUCUUAUUUCCCAAGCUAACUAGCAUAUCUAAUUUUAUUUGCAUUGUCCUCAAUUCUGCAUCCUUUAAAAAUAAUAAUCUUACUUAUACUUUUCAUUCAUAUACGUUACAGUAGUUCAACAAUAAUUCUAACAUAUCAAACCUCGGUUCUCUUCCCCUCUUUCUGCAGUUCUGUACAUUUAUUUUCAUCAUUUCCUGCAUACUCCAAAUUAUCUUCACUUAUUCUUUUAUGCUCAUAUAUCUCUCUCUCACACACAUAUAUAUUUAAAAAAAACAACUGCAGGGAUUUACAAUAAUCCUGCUCAUGUCUUAAUGUCUCUUUACAAUUUAUUUGUAACUAUUCACUGAACCAUUUCCAUUCCUUUCUUAAAAUCUUUAAGAUAACACAUUUGUAAAAAACAACAACCCAGAAGCUUUUCUUUUGAGAAUUAUAGGAUUAGAACUACCUAAAUAGUAUAGAAAUUUAUUUAUGUAUGCAACUACAGCUGCAAGAACGUUAUUUGCUCUCAGAUGAAAAGAAGUCCAGAAGAGAGAAAACUGGUUACAGAAAUUAAUGGACUAUGCAGAAAUGGCAAAACUCACCAGAAUAAUAAGAAAUCAAGACAACAAACUUGUUAUAAAAGAACAAAUGACAUCCUUGCUCCUGUUUCUGAUUUUUUUGUUAUUUGGGGGGGGGGAUACAAAAUAACAAACACCACAUGGAAGGAAAUUGUGCUGAGAAUCAUAGAGGUAUUACUGGGUACAUAAAUGCACUUGUUGAUGAUCAGAAAUAACUCCAGGUUUCUUUACAAUGAAUAAAUUGAAUACUGGAACAUUUCUGCUCUCAUCAUGUUUAAAAACAUGCAGCCAGAUCUUGAUUUCAUUUUUAUGUGAACUUCAAAGGACAACUCCCUCUCCCUUUACCUAUUCAGAGACCCUUCACACUUGUGUAGCACUGAUCAUUUUAAAAGUCAACUUUAACUUUGAGAAUUGCUUGCAAGCAUUUAUUUAUUUUUAAUGAAAAUUCAUCCGCAUUUACUUCAGAUUUCUCCCACAUUUUUAUAUGCAGUUUUCAUGUAUACACAUUUUUGCUAGCGAUUUCCUCUGAAUUUUUGUAUAUUAUUUAAAUGAUGGUAUACAAAUUUAAAUUUCAUAUAUUAUUUAUAGACACCAGUAUAUGCAUAUUUGUGCAAAUUUUGUAGCUGAAGAACUGCAUUGCAAAAUUCAAACACAAGUGCGAAUUUUGAAAGACAGUUUUGUUUUGUUUCGAAUAGUGCAAUUUGGGUAGUUUCUCAUGAAAAUGCAAACAAAAUGGAAAUUCUUCCCCAUCCCUAGGUGCCAUGCACCCUUCUGUAUUUCCGUCUCGUUAUUCAAACAAAAAUACUGCUUAUAAGGGUACCAACGAAUUUUCUACAAAUAGGAUAAAUCUAAAGGAAAAGGAAAAUCAUGUCCGUCUGUCAACUGAUACAUUACAGUGGAAUCAGACAAAAACUGGAAGAUACGAAGGAGUCUGAACUGAGUACCUUUUUUCUGAGCCCCAGAGGCAGUUCCUGAUGCAGCCCUCCUAGACUGGAAGUUCAAAGCAGUAUAACCAUCUUCGCCCUCCAUUGGCAAGCAGAGGCUGCAGAGAAGCCUCUCAGAGAGCAGGGCUGUCGAAGGAGCACUGGAGGUUUGCUGCUAUAGCCUGAGUUGAUGGCCAAAGAUCUCUUUCCGGAGCAGCUCUUCUCUUCAACCACAAUACCAGUCACACAUUCGCAGCCUUAUUAGGUGGUUAGGGCAGCGGGUGGAGGGCAGGGUUGUCGUUCUUGUUUUAAAAAACGUUUUUGUGAGUUGCUCAGUUUGUAUUGUUCAGCUUCUGGUUUGGAGUUUGGCUUUUGGAAGUCUCCAAUUAUGGAUUAUAGCUAAACCAUCUAGAGAUGUGACUGAGGCUUCCAUGAAUGAGACUGGAUAGCUCAGUUGGUUAGAGCGUGGUGCUCAUAAUGCCAAGGUUGCAGGUUCAAUCCCCGUAUGCGACAGCUGCAUAUUCCUGCAUUGAAGGGGGUUGGACUAGAUGAUCCUUCAGGUCCUUCAAGCUCUUCAAUUUGAUGAUUCUAUGAGUGGGGAGGAGCAAAGCUAAAAGGUAAAGGACCCCUGGACGGUUAAGUCCAGUCAAAGGCGACUAUGGGGUUGCGGCAGUCAUCUUGCUUCCAGGCCAAGGGAGAUGGCGUUUGUCCACAGACAGCUUUUCUAGGUCUUGUGGCCAGCAGGACUAAACAGCUUCUGGCGCAACGAGACAGCAUGUCGGAAACCAGAGCACACGGAAACACCGUUUACCUUCCUGCUGCAGCAGUACCUAUUUAUCUACCCAUGCUGGUGUGCUUUCAAACUGCUAGGUUGGCAGGAGCUGAGAUGGAGCGACAGGAGCUCACUCUAUCAUGGGGAUUCGUUCCCAUAGCAGCGGGGGACUCAAUUUACAAAUGGAACACACUUGACCAGAAGCGGAACAUGUUCCACUUCCAAAGGCAAAGUUCCCAAACCAAAACACCUACUUCCGGGUUUGCAGUGUUCUUAAUCCAAGUUGUUCAUAAAUGAAGUUGUUAUUGAACCAAGGUACCACUGUAUUGGGACGCGGGUGGCACUGUGGGUUAAACCACAGAGCCUAGGACUUGCCGAUCAGAAGGUUGGCGGUUCGAAUCCCCGCGACGGGGUGAGCUCCCAUUGCUCGGUCCCAGCUCCUGCCAACCUAGCAGUUCGAAAGCACGUCAAAGUGCAAAUAGAUAAAUAGGUACCACUCCAGCGAGAAGGUAAACAGCGUUUCCGUGCGCUGCUCUGGUUCACCAGAAGCGGCUUAAUCAUGCUGGCCACAUGACCCGGAAGCUGUGUAUGCCGGCUCUCUCGGCCAGUAAAGCGAGAUGAGCGCCGCAACCCCAGAGUCGGCCACAACUGGACCUAACGGUCAGGGGUCCCUUUACUUUUACCACUGUAUUAUUAUGCAUGUGUAUUAGUCUACAGUGAAGAUGCAUCAAAACCCUACUCAGACAUUAAAUUUUUAGAUGCUCGAGGGACAAGGCUGGCCAACCCAUGGGACAAGGUGAAGCGAUUGCCUCAGGCAGCAAGACCCACAAUGGCAGCAGAUCCUAAUGUAGAUAUUAUUCCCACCUUGUUCCUGAUGUGGCUCCUCCCUAACCCUUUCUUCCCUGGAAGACAGGGGACACCACAAUGUGCUUCACUUCAGGUGCCACAAUGUCGUGGGCUGGCCCUGCUCAGGGAUGCAGCUAUACUACAUUCUGAAAGAUUUUUGUAACCACUGUGUGGAUGGUGUCAUAUAGUUUUAGUCACUAGGUGGCACUGGACAUCAUUGUAUUUGGGUAAAACCCGGGAGAUUCUUGUUCUGCAUUUAUUGACAAGAGAUAAUAAUUCUUGUCUUCCAAACCAAUGUGUCCACUAAACUGAAUUUUUUUUAAAAGAAGCUUUCACCAAAAAUUCACAAAUAUAAAACAGGGACAGUGUUGUUGUUUUCUUAGAAAAACAAGAAAGAGGGAUUUUAAAAAUAGGGAUUGUCAAUUACUUUUGCCAAGUGCCAUUACAGAAAUCAGGGGGUCUUCCCUCCCCCCUUGACAUGAUUCUUCCUUCCCUGUUGCCUUAUUCUGUUUUCUUUUAAUUACUCUUGUUAUUAAAGUUUGCUACUUCCAAUGGAAAGGGGGAGGGGGAAGGUGGUCAGGAAAUUCUUUUUUUUUAUAAGAUAUUUAUUAAGAUUUUUUGAAAUAUUACAGUGAGAAUGAAAAAAAAGAGAGAAAAAUACAAAAUAAAAACAGUUAAAAACACACAUAUUUUCCAUAACUUAUUUUGCUUUAGCUUGUUUCCCGGACCUCCUCAUACCUCCCUUUUUUGUAUUCCACUUCAAUUUAUUGGUUCAGCAAAUCCUUACCGUUAGAUUUUUACCCAUUUAUAACCCUUUUUUCAUAUUCUCUUAGAGCAUUACAGCUGGAAACCGCUUAAUUUCUAUCCAACAUCAAUCUAUCAUUCAUUAAUUUUACAAUAUUUCUGUAGAUAGUCUUUAAAUUUCUUCCAAUCUUCUUCCACUGACUCUUCUCCCUGGUCUCGGAUUCUGCCAGUCAUUUCUGCCAAUUCCAUAUAGUCCAUCACCUUCAUCUGCCAUUCUUCCAAAGUGGGUAGAUCUUGUGUCUUCCAAUACUUUGCAAUGAGUAUUCUUGCUGCUGUUGUGGCAUACAUAAAAAAAGUUCUGUCCUUCUUUGGCACCAAUUGGCCGACAAUGCCCAGAAGAAAGGCCUCUGGUUUCUUCAAGAAGGUAUAUUUAAAUACCUUUUUCAGUUCAUUAUAUAUCAUUUCCCAGAAAGCCUUAAUCCUUGGGCACGUCCACCAAAGGUGAAAGAAUGUACCUUCAGUUUCUUUACAUUUCCAGCAUUUAUUAUCGGGCAAAUGAUAGAUUUUUGCAAGCUUGACUGGGGUCAUGUACCACCUGUAUAUCAUUUUCAUAAUAUUCUCUCUUAGGGCAUUACAUGCCGUAAACUUCAUACCUGUGGUCCAUAACUGUUCCCAGUCAGCAAACAUAAUAUUAUGUCCAACAUCUUGUGCCCAUUUAAUCAUAGCAGAUUUCACCGUUUCAUGGUGGUCAGGAAAUUCAAUGUGUUUCCUGCUUUGAAUCUGCAGCCUCAAGAUAAGAUAAACACAGCUUUAGCAAAGGACAAAAUAACGCCCCUCUUUUCAUUAAAUCUUUCUUAAGAAUUUUUUUUUUUUAAAGUCCUGCUGGAUCAGGCCAAUAAUAGCUCAUUUAGUCCAGCACCCUGUUCUCACAGUGGUCAACUAGAUUCCUCUGGCAAGCCUUGUGAUUUCCAGAAACUGGCAUUCAGAGGCUGCAGUGGAAACUGAACACAGCCAUAUAAGAUUCAGGUAGGUAGCCAUGUUCGUCUGACGCUGACGAAAUAAAUAAAUAAAAACAUGAAAAUGGUCCAGUAGCAAUUACAGCCAUAUAAGUUUGUCUAAACUCCUUUGAAGCCAUAUGAGCUGAUGGGUUUCUGCAGUGCUUUUUUUCUGGGGGGACGCAGGGGCAAGCAUACCCCUAAACAUUUUGUGGAUCUAAGUUUGGCCUCAUUGAGGGGCAGUAUUUCAAUAUGAGUAGGGAAAUGACAGUACCCCUAAACAUUUUUUUAAAAGAAAAAAAAAAGCACCAGGUUUCUGCUGGCGUGCCACUCAUUUCUGAGCCACGGAUGCAUCCGAUCUCACUAGACAAAAAGGAUAGCAAAAAGGAAAUAGCAACGCCUUCCCCCAAAGUGGAAUCGCUGACCACAGAGCCAAAGAAUUUGAAGCAUUUCUAGGAGUCAAGAUUAACAAGGCAUUUUUGCAGACAUGAGCUUUUGCGCGUUUCAGCUCCUUUCCUCAGAAUAAAAGCAGGCUGUUUAAGUAAGCGUGGAAACUGGAGGAAAGCUAGGCGUGGAAUAGGAGCUUCCCAAAUGCCUUGCCUAGUUGGCAUGUUAGCAAAUAAGCAUGAGAAGUUGCCUCCUAUCGCCAUAUCUGCUGCUUGUUUUCCUGCUGUUUUGCUCCGGAUGCCGGAGAAGCGUCACGUGGGCUCAAUCAUUAUCUGCCUCCUGGUUCGUCUUGGUAAGUGUUUUUGCCAUGACGCUUUUCACGGGGUUUCGGUGUUGCAGUGUUGCUGUUAACGGAUCGAACAUGGCAGCUGGAUCCCUGGAGAGCCACUGAACUUAGGUGACUCAUCACAAGGUCCUGCCUCUCACCCUUCAGCGCUCAGGCGAGGUGUACUCAAAAGAGAUUCCUCCGGGGUAAGCUGCAGGUAAUUAUAAUCUGCUUUAAUAUUUUUACUUUUGUAUGUUUUAAAUUAGGGUUGUGUUUUUUCUCAAUUUUAUUUUUUUAUCUUUUUGUAAAUUGCUCUGAGGUUUUUCACAAUCAAUUGUUGUACGAAUUAUAUGAUUCCCAGGUUGGGGAAGGCAGAGACUCUCCUGUGCAUGAGUAGGUUAGGUUUGUUACUUUCAAAAAAUAAUGAAUUCUUUUUUUUUUUUUUAAAAAAAUUUUUAUUACAUUUUUUCCAAAUAGAAAUACAAAGUCAGAUAUACGAAGAAAUAACAGAAAAGAAAAAAAAAAAAAGAAGAAAAUCAUCCUUUCAAAGCAUUUUUCCAUAACCAACCGGACUUCCCCACGUCUCCCUCACCUUGCGUUCUUUACAAUAAAAAUUUUUCAGCAAAUUAUAACCUUAUUUCGUGCAUUCUUUUGUUCUUUCAAAUACUUGUGGUUUACGUUUAAAAUGCUUAUUGUCAAUUUACACUAAUAACAUAUAUAAUGUUCUUUUAAACAUUAGUCCUUUCAUUAAUAUAGCUUAGUUUCCCAUACCUUAAUCUUAUUGCUGGAGCUGAAUUUCCCUAAUCAUGCAAAUUCUUAACAUUCAUAUCAAAAAAUAAUGAAUUCUUAUUGCUUUCUGCUACUUAACCAUUUUUUAUGGAGCAGAUUUUGGGCACCUAAACGCUUGCCAUCUUUUGUGAGACCUUGCAUUGGCUGCCUCCAAAAUAUCGAGAUCUUUCAUUACUUUUUAAAUCUCAUUGUCUUUUGCAUUCCUCCCUCAAGAGGCUCCAUAAAAUUAUAGAAACCAAUGCUCUUUUCAACUUUCUGCAGGCAUUUUCCUGCCACUAUAACACUUUUUAAUUUUCUUUUACUAAAAUACCUACCUUGCUUCAAGUAAGUUUGUCACUUGUUAGUCUCAAACUCAGCAAUCGCCAAGUUGCCAGCAGCUGUUUCUCCUUCUGCACAUUGAGGGUGAUCACAUUCCCCACAGGGAGGUCCUGCCCUUUGUUUGAGUGAGGAAGCGGGGGAGGGGGAGGAAGAGGAGAUGAUCGCUUUGAAAGUUUCUAUUUUGCUUCUUGUGGGCUUGGUAGGCAGCAGAUACUUGUUCCUACACUGCAGAACCUGGCAGUGGAUUGAUUCUGCCAGAAGGUAAAAAGAAUUCUAUAAUAUAUUGGAGGAGGGAGAAAUAUUGGGAGGGGGAGGAAAGGGAGAUGGGGAGGGAGACCGGGGAAAGGAGAAGGAGAGGAGGAAGGGGGAGAGGGUUUGGGGCUGAAGAAAAAACAUUUCUAAAAUAAUAUAAGCAGUGCUCUUUUUCUAAAAAAGUAUUUAGGGGUACUCUCAUUUUUACUCAAGAAAAUCAGCAAUUUGUAGUUGAAAUUGGGAAAAAUAAAUACAGUAACUGGACAGGACAGAGAUGACUUGUUCCAAAAGGUGGCUUUUUUAAAAAAAAAAAAAAACCCAGAGGGGGAAACACAAAUCCUCAGACCAAAAUUUGUGGUUCUGCCAAAAUAGAAAAAAAUCUACAAUGUAUGGGGGACGGGAUAUGGGGAGGGGGAGGAAAGGGAGAGGGUGAGUUGGGGAGAGGGAGAAAGGAGGAGGGGAGGAGGAAGAGUUGACGGCUGAAGAAAAAACAUUUCUACAAUAAUAUAAGGACUGCUUUGUUUGAUUGGGGAGACUCCUAGAAUCCCUUUGGGGGUCGUGAGGGAGGGGAGGGGGAGAAUGUUCCCUUGUGCUGACAGAAGGUUCUCUUGGCACUGCUAGGAAUACCACCCAAAGUUCUCACCCCCUCAUUCAAUAUAGUGGGGAAUCUAAAAAUGGCUAUACUGUUGUUCAGGCUUCAGAGAAAAGUGGAAGAAAUUUGCAGAAAUAUGAGCCUCUCUGGAUUAAGCCUGCCAAAUUUUAGGCAGAUCUGUUCGCAGGUUUUUGUGCCGGACACCUUUAUUAAAGUGGGUCAGACCUCACUAUUAAGUUGUGGGUGGAAAUAUCAGACGACACAGAGAUUUCUCCAAGUGGUUCUUUAUAGUAAGCUGGAACUGAACUGAACAGCUCAACCGUCCUGCUUUUAUAGGCAGCCGGCUGUCAACAUUGUAACAGCAACAGCCCAGGGUUUCCCACCUAAACUAACUGACGUGGACCUGAGUGAAAACUAUAUACACGAUACCCCUGGUGGCCAGGGUGAGAACUUCAAUACAUAACACUCACCUGGAGCACUGUGUCCAUUUCUGGGCACCACCAUUUAAGGAGGAUGUUGACAAGCUGGAACGUGUGCAGAAGAGAGAGGACUGGCGGGGGAAGAGGGGUGCGGGUGGAUCGCAUUGCCCCCGCCAUGCCACGCUGCCGGGACGCGCGCCAGCCCCACCCCCACCUGCUCUCUGUCCCCUGGUGCCGCUCUGCCACUGGGAGACCCUUUUUCAUAAGGCUUGGAAACCAAGGUAAUGAGGCGGAGGAGCUGGCUAUGUCUAGCCUGGGAAAGAGGAGACUGAGGGGAGUUAACAGUAGCCAUCUGCUACUCUCUAUUUCUCAAUGCCAGGCCAGUGGGUGGUCCUGUAUUUGCAUAGUAGCUUCCCAAUUAGAUAUUGUUGUAAGUUUAGCAGAGGAGAUGGAGGGGCUAGGCUGCAUGCCUGAGACCUGGCUAAUUCCUAGAUCCAGCAAGGGCUAAAAUCUUGGUAAUGGCCCCUUAAGUAUGGGAGUCAAGCGAGGAAGGAGAUGGAAGAAAGACAGGCUCUGACUCUGAAUCUGACCGGCUGCAGGAGGAAGCAGACCCAGCCCCCCCUCUUUCCUACCAAGAUAUUGGUUUACUGAGACAGUUUGAGCAAGCACAGACUGUUUCCAAGAAGGGGGCGUAGAUGCCAGGCAACCAGAUAGGCAGAGGAUUGACAACAGUUCUCAGGAAACCGUAGAAUUUCCCGACCCUCAAUCCCAAAGAGCUGAAAUGGUGAGAUUGCAAAGGAAGUGGAAAAGGGGAAAACAGGUUUUCCUUUUGUGACUACAGUGAUGACUCCGAGUAACCAACUAUGUCCAUUUCCACACACUGCAGUUUAAGAAGGAUCUUGACAGACAGGAACGUGUGCAGAGGAGAGCGACAUUUCCUCAUAAGGCUUAUGAGGAGGGGGAGCUGGGUAGGAGGAGACUGGGGGGAAAUAUAAUACAAAAGCCAUCUUCAACUAUCUCAAGAGCUGCUCCCUUUCACUUUUCUCAAUGCUUUCAUUUCAUCAAGUGGAUGUAGAAAUAUUACUGUAAUCAUUUAGACUAAAAAGAAGCAAUAUUUCAGAUAUGAAUUUUCCAGCUCCGUAAAUUAAUAUAUGUAAGACCACCUUUAGGGCUUUUGUGGGGGGGGGGGAUAUACUGGUAUGGAAGCAAAACUGCACCUUUUAAAGACUUCAAGAAGAUAUGAUUUAUUUCUCUGCUCUGUAAUUUUGUCUCCACAGAGGAAUCUUGGGACGUUGAUGCUAUGGCGAAAACUGAUGUUAUGAUGAUUUUUUUUCUGGCAAAAGCACAGAACUGAUGCUUCAGACUCUGAAGAGGCUUUCGUUUUAUUAGGAAUAAAAGGAGUCACGAAGACAAAACAGGGAAGUGGAAAACUUAUUAAGUACAGCUUGGCUGGACAAAGUAUCCGAUUAAAGCACACGAUUAAGUGGUAUUUAAAAAGGGUGUUUUCUCACCACAUCACCUAGCCAUACUGUGCUUGAAUCUGCAAUCCAGUGAUCUGCUUUCAACAUAUCUCAAGAAACUGCAAAACUCUGUGUAACUAGAGCUGAGGAGCAUUUACUGUAAUGUCUCCUUUCUCCUGGGAGAAAGAAAAUAUGGGUUUCUCUGAAAUGGAAAAGACACAGCAAAGACUCCCCAUGAAUCCAGAUGCAGCAGAGAAUGGGGAAUGUAGUGGAAUCACAAGUAAUGGAAGCACCAAACAAGCAAGAGAAGCCUUCUUUUUGAAUCAGGGCCACUUUCCAUACGGUAAGUGAGUUCUGAUGAGAAAGGCAUGAGUUUGUCAAAAAAGGUAUGGAUUUGAUGCUGGGAUGAGAUCUGCAGAAUGCAGACCAACUAAUCAAAUUCAUGGAGACGCUAAUUUAUUCAGGCAAUUAAAAACCAUUGGAAAAGGAUGGGUACAUAGACACUUGUGUGAAAAUCGAGGAAGGCUUCUCAGACUCUUCUUACUUCCUCUCUCAGAUGGAACUAUCCUUCCUCACGCAGGCAUGCAUAAGGAGAAGGGGGGUGAGGCUGCCCUUGAGGAGAGAGAUUCCUGGCUGUUCUUCCACUUCCCCUUCCAUGUACACCAAGAAUGGAGAGCUUGUCUCUUGCCAGAUGUUGCUGGAUUCCAACUCCCUCCCAUCACUCCCUGCCAGCAUGGCCAGUGUAGACCAAAAACAUCUGGAAUAUCACAAGGUCCCCAUUCCUGCUGCACACAGACCUAGAGAGUCACUGAUAAGCAAAGAGACCAGGAAUCUGCAAGUGCAGGCGCAUGGUCCACAGCAUUGACUAGCACAGCGGCACUUUCAUGCGUUGUUGUUGUUGUUGUUGUUAUAUGAUGCCCAUCUGAUUGGGUUGAAUGGUAUACAUUACAGUAGACCAUCCUGAAAUUUAUAUUUUAGUGGGUGAUUUAUAAUUUUUUAAAAAAUAAAUAAAUAAAAUUCUCAGCAAAUUGAGAAGCAAACGAUACUGUGCAAAUCCCCUGGCUUCACAACUUUGCGUUAUGCAACACUAUUUCAAAACUUAUCGUUCAAAACAUAUUGGUUCCUCCUUCUUCCAGGAACCCAAUCUGACAGAACCAAGUAUUGCCAUGUUUACAUGCUGGUGACAUGGCAUUAACUGAAAAAAUUAUCUGCUGAAAGCAGACACUCAGAGCUGCAUAUUGCUGAUGAACCACUUUGCUGGCUAGUCCUUACAUUUGGAUCUGGUUUUCUUUAACUGUCAGUUAUGCCAUCCUUGCCAUAUAAUUAAUAUAGCAACCUUAGUACAUCUGCUAAUCCUGGUCCGUGAACUACAAACUGCUAUUUUGACUUAUUUGGGUGAGGCAAGCUUGAAAAUUCACUAUCCUGUAUUGAAUGAAUAAGGCUUCUUUUAGCACAGGAAAAUGUUCUUUGGUUGAACAAUUCAUUUUAAUGCAUUUUGUUUUGCACAUUAAUGGAUCUACCUGUGAUGUGUUGGAACCAACCCUAUGUUAUACAGAAAUGUGCAAGAGCUCAAACAGUAUCCCCUUAAUGGUUUGUUUUACAAUCAAGAUUAAAAUGGUUUCGGGUUAUUCGCUUGAGGUUGCUGCACUAGCCUGAGAUGCGUGAACACAAUAUCCUGUUCUGUUUCUACAUAGGACAGAGAUCUCCUGUCACUGCCAUGCUGCCAGCAAAAAAAAAUUUCAACUUCUGUUUUGAGGGCAAUUCAGAUGCUCUAAAAGGGAUGGGUAACUGUGACCUUCGAGAUGUUGUUGGACUACAAUUCCCAUUACCUGUGACCACUGGCAAUGAUGACUGGGGCUGAUGGGAGUCCAGCAACAUCUGGGGGGCUGCAGGUUACUCACCCCUGCUCCAAAGCCCUGUGUACCCAGUUAUAAUAUAGCAGUAUAUGACACUGCAGCUCCCUUGACUGGCACUGUUUUCUGGUAACAAUCUUGGCAGCCAGGGGAUUUAACAAGGCUGCCACUAUUAGGCAAUUUACACUGACAAGCAUAACUUCUGGAAGUCCAGCUUAACAGGACAGAUGUUACAACAGCUGCAUUGCCAGGAGAUAGGCUGCUUACCUGUUCUGGAUGGGAUUACAACCCCUCUAAAAGUGCAAGUGCUCAGUUUAUACUAACAGUUACAUUUCAAAUUUCCCUGCUUGCACAAGCGUACAUACAUUGGCCAACCGUUAAUGAUUCACACGACGGGUUGUGUUUCCCUCUGUCUUCUGGCAUUGUCCGUGUGGCAUUUGGCAUGUAUCACAUUCCAUUCAGUUCUUGCAGUCCCUUCAACUUUUGCUCUUAAAAAGAAACUGCAUUACUACAGUGCUCUAUGUGGGGCUGCCCUCCAGCCCAGCUGUGAAGUUCCAGAUUUUGUAGAAUGCCUAGACCUCUGAUGGAGGCAGAUGGUUGACAGUACGUGGCAGCUCUGCUAAAAUGUUUGCAGCGGAUGCACAAACUUGGCCUUCCAGCUGGAUUGGGACCACAAUCCCCAUCAUCCCUGACCACUGGCCCUGUUAGCUAGGGAUGAUGGGAGUUGUAGUCCCAAAACAGCUGGAGGGCUGAGAUUGCCUAUGCCUGGUCCACAUAUACAAAGAAGAACUUUGGUCCAGGAUACCUUAAGGGCCACCUGAGCCCUUAUAUCCCAGCUUCAUCAUUAGGAUCAUCCACAGGAGCACAUCUGGUUGUCUCCGUGUCUCAGAAGCCCAAGUGACCUCAGCUAGAAGUUGGGCAUUUAGCGCCACCAGUUCAAUCUGUGAAAGGCUCUUCCAGCAGAGACACAUCAGGCAUCUUCACCUCUGACUUCCAGGUAUCUCUUGAAGACCUCUUCGUAUGCCAGCAAGCCUAUACAGCUGUUUAAAAUGUUGAUUUUCCAGUUAUAUUAAUUUUUCUUUUGUCUUUUUGUCCCUAUUUCUACUGGAUUUUUUUGUUUUAUUGUAUACCUUAUUGGCCCAAAUAUAAGCUGUACCUGAAUAUAAGCCACACCUUUAAAAUUAAAGGGGGGGGGAAGAGAAAAUGCUCGCUCCAAGCCCAUUUUUGUAAGGUCGCGAAUAUAAGCUGCACUUUAACAUUUCACGGUCAGAAUUUGGAAAAAAAGAGAGGCUUAUAUUCAGGCCUAUACGGUAAACAUUAUUGUGCAUUACCUUGAUAGUUUAGGAGAUGGUGGCAUGUGAAUACUUUUUAAUAAAAUAAAUAACUGGUGACUCACCAGUCAUGCGCAGAGGCCUAUCAGUUGGCUGACUUUGUGGUGGGAGGCACCAAACCAAUGAGCUUCAUGAUGCCACAGGUGAACUUGGUUCAUCUCAUACCCUUCAAAGUGACCAAAAUUGGGACGUUUCUUUUUGGUCGCCAGCUGACUUGCACUACAAGUCAGACUCAGACCAAAAAAUGGGACAUUCCGGGAUGCAAUCAGGAGCCAGGAUUGGCUUCUGUAAUUCCAAGAUGUCCCGCAUAAAUCAGGACUGUUGAGUGGUAUGACAUCUUGGUGUGAUGCAACCUUGAACUCACACCUUCAGUGUGGGUGGACGACCCAAGCCUGGGUAGACUUGGAAUCCCCAGAUACUUUGGAGUUUCUAGAAGGACUUGUCCGGCAUCUUGCUGAAACCAAGGACACAUUAACACUUUAUUUCCCUCUGCAGGUUUGUGCAAUAAUGGAAAAGGGAAACUCACUUUUUCUGUAAUGAUUGUGAGCUUGGUGCUUAAUGUCAUUCUGAUCAUUUCCAUCAUCAUCAUCAGCAGCAGCACUGGUUUAUCAGGUAAGUGAAGAGCCAUUUUGCUGUAAAGUCUGCCAGGUUAUCAACAGGCCACAUGCUCUCACAGAUCUUCUCUCCUCAGCAGCUAGAAUAGCUUUAUCGGUGUUCAGUUGAGGUAGCCUGGAAGCAGUUGUGGAUAGGGGCCCACAUUCAGGCAAGGUAGACUUCAUGUACUGUAAUAAUAGACCAAUAUGCACAAACAAUAUACACACACAAUAGACACACAAUUUCAAGUGAUUUAAAUUGUACGAUACAAUUCUAAUCAAAGGCCUAUCUCAGGGAGAGUCAACUAGACCCUGGCUGUGUAUCUCAUGGAUAGUCAAUUGAGGUCGGCUAUCUAUGGUUGAGCCACAAGAGAAGCUGCUCUAUGUCCUGCAACCUCCUGAGUUUUUGGACAGAGAUGGGCACUGGGCUGUCUGCCCUCCCUCCUACCCUCAUUUCCCCACCCUUAUCCAGCCCCACCUGGAGAUGAUGGGGGUUGACCGGAGACCUCCUGCACACAGUUUCUGUGUGGUGUAUUUGCAAUUAUGUUGUUAUACGAUAUUUUUAUUUUUUAAUUAUUUAUUAAAGAUUUUCUUGUUUUACUAUAUUUUUAUGUGAUGGUUCUUACGAUGCUUGAGAUGUGUUCCCAUUUUCUUUCUUGCAAGCUGCUUUGAGCAGGAUUCCUUUUGUGGAAAGGCAGCACACAGAUAUAAUAUUGUUGACUGGAGUACAUUGCCUGACCUUUAUUUUGGGUAGGACUAUUUAUAAGCUAUGGAUAAUGAUCUGUCUCACUUUCUGAUACCUUUCUAGGGAGAAGCGCAGUAUUGCCACCUGCCCUACCUUCUUCCACUCUAACUGAAUGCUGUCCAGAUGGCUGGAUUGGCUACCAAAGGAAAUGUUACUAUUUUUCGGACAGUGACAGAAAUUGAACUUCUAGCCAGAAUUACCAAGAGGAGAUGGUGAGUGGAAAGAUACAGAGCACAGUCUGCAGCCCCAAAUGCAGUUGAUUCUACACUUGGAUGAGGGUUGGAAAUGUAUUUUCUUUCUUAUUUAUUUAUUUAUUUAUUUUCUUUAUUAAGAGCUUUUUGAGACGGUACAAAGGUCCUGCUGACUACUGGAUUGGUCUCCAAAAGAUGAAUGACCAGGAGCCUUGGAAAUGGAUCGAUGGCACCAUUUUCAAUAACUGGUGAGCAUCCACAAUGAAAAUGUGUAAUAAACAAGUCCCUUAAAACAGUGUAACAGUUAAAAUAGUUUGAGUGAAAAGAUCAAGGGAAUGCUUGCCCAAACAGGUGUGCUUUGAGGAGCAACAUAUCCAGUGCUUUUUUAAUAUAGAAAAUAAGGUGCCAAUAUUCACCAUGAAGUUCUUACAGCAAGUGCCACGCUUUGAACAUUUGGAAAAGAAAAAAGGGCGCAGGUACUGAGUACCACUGAGUACCCUCUGAAAAAGCACUACGUAUAUUCCUCAAGGACUACAAAGCUCCUGGUCCUAGCUUAGUGGCAUGCAGUCAAGGAACUAGGCGCAGGGGUCAGCAAACCUUUUUAGCAGGUGGCUGGUCCACUAUCCCUCAGACCUUGUGGGGGGCCAGACUAUAUUUUUCGGGGGGGGGGGGGUAAAAUGAACAAAUUCCUAUGCCCCACAAAUAACCCAGAGAUGCAUUUUAAAUAAAAGCACACAUUCUACUCAUGUAAAAACAUGCUGAUUCCUAGACCGUCCGCGGGCCGGAUUUAGAAGGCGAUUGGGCCAGAUCCGGCCCCCGGGCCUUAGUUUGCCUACCCAUGGACUAGGGGGACUAGGCUAAUCCCCUAAAUGUUCCCAGUAAAUAAGAGUAUUGACGUAUUAAAACCUGGCGCCUCCUUCCCAAAGCCCAAGAAGCUUUGGCCUGGCUUAGAGCGGGAGGCAUGAUGCCUGUGUUGGACGUGGCAAUGUUGCAACUUCACUUGUUCUCCACCCCACCCCAAUCACAAGCUCACGCCACUUGUCCUAACUGUUCCCCUACAAAAAAGUUCACAACACGCCACUGUCAAAGGCACAUUUGUAGUUUCACAAUUGUUACUAGUACAGUGGUACCUCGGGUUAAGAACUUAAUUUGUUCCAGAGGUCUGCUCUUAACCUGAAACUGUUCUUAACCUGAAGCACCACUUUAAGCUAAUGGGGCCUCCCGCUGCUGCUGUGCCGCCGCCGUGCUUUUUCUGUUCUCAUCCUGAAGCAGAGUUCUUAACCUGAAGCACUAUUUCUGGGUCAGCAGAGUCUGUAACCUGAAGCGUAUGUAACCCGAGGUACCACUGUAGUCUGCCUGAAUGUUGAGGAACUGACCAGAAGCCUUCUCGCUUCUUAUACACAGUGCUCCACCUUGUGGUCAGCAGCACACAUAGAAGUUCAUUUUCAGUCAUAGCGCAGCAAGAGUUUGAUGUUUCCUUUCUAGGCCAGAUUCUAAAGAAAAUAUUUUGGUGGAAAAGCUGCUUAGAAAUAUGAAUAUUUGUAUUAUAUGAAUAUGAAUGCAAUUGUCUUCUUCAGGUGAAAAUUUGCUUCCAGGCCUCCCUGCACCUAUGCCUGGUGUUUCUUCUUCUGCUUGGUCUUCUGCUGGUUCCCAGGGAUAUUUCUAUGGAUAUUUUCUAUGGAAUGCGGUUAAUGGGUUGAGGUUGAAUUCCAACAACACAGAAGUACAGUUUCUGGGGGACAGCGGGCGGGCAUGUUUGGGGGAUUCCCUGGUCCUGAAUGGAGUUACUGGGCCCCUAAAGGACCAGCUGUACAGCCUUGGGGUCAUCUUGGACUCACAGCUGUCCAUGGAAGCGCAGGUCAAUUCUGCCAGCUCCAUCUGGUACACCAGCUGAGACCCCAUCUGCCUGCGCACUGUCUCACCAGAGUGCUACAUGCUCUGGUUAUCUCCUGCUUGGACCUGCCUCAUAUAACUGAUCACAAGAUGCAACACAUGCACACCAUUUGAGUGGCAAUACCCAUUAGCUUUGGGGGGCAGCCCCCUCAAAUAUUUUAUUGGGGGACUGAAGGGAUCUCGGUACUUAGGAGUUGGCUCCUUUGAUGAUAACCUUUAAAGCUCUAAAUAGCUUUGGCCCAGUAUACCUGAAGGAGCAUCUCCACCCCCAUCGUUCUGCCCAGACACUGAAGUCCAGCUCCGAGGGCCUUCUGGCAGUUCCUUCACUGCAAGAAGUGAAGUUACAGAGAACCUUCUUGGUAGUGGCCCCUGCCCUGUGGAAAGCCCUCCCAUCAGAUGUCAAGGAGAUGAAGAACUGUACAACCUUUAGAGGACUUCUGAAGGCAGCCCAGUAUUGGGAGUUUUUAAUGUUUGAUGUUUUAUUAUGUUUUUAAUAUUUUGUUGGGAGCUGGCCGGAGUGGCUGGAACAACCUAAUCAGAUGGGUGGCAUAUUAAUAAUAAAAUUAUUGUUAUGAUUAUUUCAACAUAUGUUCUGUUUUUUUGUUUUUUUUUUUUAUAAAUAAUUUUUAUUUAGGUUUUGAACAACAAAGAAAGAAAAGAAAAACAUACACAAUACAUAUCUCAAAAAUAAAUAAAUAACAAGAACACACAAAAAAACACAAUUCAACAAUAAAAAACAAAAAACAUAACAAUUAAAAACAAUAUCUCUUUUCCAUUUCCGUAUUUUUAGAUUACUUAUUUUCUGGACUUCCUCAUACCUCCCUCUUUUGUAUUCCAAUCCAAAUUGUUUGUCCAGCAAUUUCUUUUCAACUUUUUUAAUCCCAAUCUUUAACUUUAAUAUAAUAUUAUAAUAUAUAACUUCAACUUCUUUAAACCUGAUCUUUAAUCUUAGUAUAAUAUAACAUUAAAAUUUUCCCUCUUAAUUGUCAAAUUUCCAUUUCUUUAAACAUCUUUAAUCCUAAUCUUAAUCUUAGUCUAUCAUUAACUUUAACCUGUACAGCUGGAAACCGCUUAUUUUCAGUCCAACAUCACUCUAACAUUCUUUAAUUUUGCAAUGUUUCUGAAGAUAGUCUUUGAAUUUCUUCCAAUCUUCCUCCACCGACUCUUCUCCCUGGUCACGGAUUCUACCAGUCAUUUCCGCCAGUUCCAUAUAGUCCAUAAGUUUCAUCUGCCAUUCCUCCAGCGUGGGAAGUUCUUGUGUCUUCCAAUACUUUGCGAUGAGUAUUCUUGCUGCUGUUGUUGCAUACAUAAAGAAAGUUCUAUCCUUUUUUAACACCAUUUGGCCGACUAUGCCCAGGAGAAAGGCCUCUGGUUUCUUAGGGAAGGUAUACUUGAAUACCUUUUUAAUUCAUUAUAUAUCAUUUCCCAGAAAGCCUUAAUCUUUGGGCACGUCCACCAAAGGUGAAAAAAUGUACCUUCAGUUUCUUUACAUUUCCAACAUUUGUUAUCGGGCAAGUGAUAAAUUUUUGCAAGCUUGACUGGGGUUAUGUACCACCUGUAUAUCAUUUUCAUAAUAUUCUCUCUUAAGGCAUUACAUGCCGUAAAUUUCAUACCUGUGGUCCACAACUGUUCCCAGUCAGCAAACAUAAUGUUAUGUCCAAUGUCCUGUGCCCAUUUAAUCAUAGCCGAUUUUACCGUUUCAUCCUGGGUAUUCCAUUUCAGCAGCAAGUUAUACAUUCUUGACAAAUUCUUAGUUUUGGGUUCUAACAGUUCUGUUUCUAAUUUAGAUCUUUCCACCUGGAAGCCAAUUUUCUUGUCCAAUUUAAAUGCCUCCAUUAUCUGAUAAUAAUGAAGCCAGUCUCGCACUUUGUUUUUUAAUUUUUCAAAGCUCUGCAAUUUCAGUCUAUCUCCGUCUUGUUCCAAAAUUUCCCAAUAUUUCGGCCAUUUGACCUCCAUAUUGGCCUUUCUCAAGGCUUUCGCUUCCAUUGGUGACAGCCACCUUGGGGUUUUGUUUUCUAGCAAAUCCUUAUAUCUUAUCCAAACAUUAAAUAGCGCUUUCCUGACAAUGUGGUUUCUAAAUGCUUUAUGUGCUUUGACCUUAUCAUACCACAAAUAUGCAUGCCAUCCAAAUACAUUAUUAAAACCUUCCAAGUCCAAAAUGUCAGUGUUUUCAAGAAGUAGCCAUUCUUUCAACCAGCAAAAAGCUGCUGAUUCAUAGUAAAGUUUAAGGUCUGGCAGGGCAAAUCCACCUCUUUCCUUUGCAUCCGUUAGUAUUUUAAAUUUUAUUCUGGGCUUCUUGCCCUGCCAGACAAAUUUAGAAAUAUCUUUCUGCCACCUCUUGAAACAAUCCAUUUUGUCCACAAUCUGCAAAGUUUGGAACAAAAACAACAUUCUAGGCAAUACAUUCAUUUUUAUCGCAGCAAUACGGCCUAGCAGUGAAAGCUUCAAAUUUGACCAAAUUUCUAAAUCUUUUUCACUUCGGACCAACAUUUUUCAUAGUUAUCUUUAAAUAAGUUCCCAUUUUUGCUGUCAUGUUAAUCCCCAGGUAUUUAACUUUCUUAACCACUGUUAAACCUGUCUCAUUCUGAAACCUCUCUCUUUCAACGGUGUUAAAUUUUCUCUAAAACCUUGGUUUUUGACUUGUUCAAUUUAAAUCCUGCCACUUGACCAAAUUCCUGAAUCAGUUCUAAAACUCUUUUAGUACUAGAUUCUGGCUCCUGUAACGUCAAUACUAAGUCAUCUGCAAACGCUCUCAGUUUGUACUGUUUAGUUCCGACCUGUAUACCUUUAACCGACUGGUCCCUUUUAAUCAUAUUCAGCAAAACCUCCAGGACCGAAAUAAAAAGAAGAGGGGAAAUAGGGCAACCUUGUCGUGUCCCUUUUUCAAUUUUUAGUUCUUCCGUCACAACAUUAUUUACAAUUAGUUUAUCUUUUUGUUCUGAAUAAAUUGCACCUAUACCAUUCUCAAAACCUUGGCCUACCCCCAUACCCUGUAGAUUCUUCUUCAUAAAAUUCCAAGAAAUAUUGUCAAAGGCUUUCUCCGCAUCUACAAAUAUCAAAACUGCUUUGGUGUUUAUAUUCACUUCUAAUUUUUCCAAAAUAUCAAUUAUAUUCCUCAAAUUGUCAGACAAAUGUCUUCCUGGGAGAAAGCCCGCUUGGUCUUUAUGGAUCUCUUCCAUCAGCACUUUCUUGAAUCUCUUAGCCAAAAUAUCUGCAAAAAUUUUGUAAUCCACAUUCAAUAACGAUAUAGGGCGGUAGUUCUUAAGCUGUGUCUUUUCAGUCUCUGUCUUUGGUACAAGUGUAAUAUAUGCUUCUUUCCACGACUCUGGUGCUCUUUUCCCCUCCAUUAUUUCAUUGCAGACCUCUUUCAAAGGUUGAAUUAACCAUUCUUUUAAAGAUCUGUAGUAUCUAGAGGUCAAGCCGUCUGGUCCUGGAGAUUUACCCAGUUGCAUAUUUUGAAUGGCACCUUCUAUUUCUUGUUCAGUUAUUCUAUGAUUCAAAGUUAAUUUGUUUUCUUGAGAUAUUUUUUGUAAUCCAUUUGUUUUCAAAAAUUGGUCUAAGUCUGUUUCUUUCAAUGGCCCUUGAGUGUAUAAUCGUUUAAAGUACCUCUGGAAACAACUUCUGAUCUCUGCAGGGUUCUGUAUAUUUCUUCCUUCCACUUCUAAGUUCGUAAUUGUAUUUAAUUUUUGUCUCUUUUUCAUUUGCCAUGCUAACAAUUUACCACAUUUAUUGGCCGACUCAAAAGUCUUUUGUCUCAUUUGUUUAAUUUUCCAUUCUAUUUCCUGAUUCAUCAUUUUCAUAUAUUGUACUUGGUAUAACUUUAACUCUCACAAAAUCUCUUGAGAUUUGGGAUUUACUCUCAAUCUUUUUUCACAUUCCUUUAUUUUGUCCAUUAUCUUAUCCUUCUUCUCAUUUUGAGUUCUUUUCUUUAUUGCAUUCUGUUGUAUUGAGAACCCUCUCAUGACCGCUUUACUAGCGUCCCAGAUUACUCUUUUCUCCACGUUGGUACUGAGGUUUAUCUCAAAGUAAUCUCUCAGAGUUUUUUGGGCCUUCUUAAGGAGUUCCUCAUCUCUAAAUAAGGUGUCAUUCAUCUUCCAUCUGAAGGAGCCAGUUGGUGUCAGUCUCAUUUCCAUCUUAACAGCAUUAUGGUCGGAGCAAAUUUUCGGGCAGAUUUCCACCUUUCUUGUCUUUGGUGCCAUUCCUCUAGUUAUCCAAAUUUGGUCAAUUCUUGUCCAUGUCAUUUUGGCUUCAGAAAAGAAAGUUCCUCUUUAGCCAAGGGGUUUCUAAUUCUCCAAAUGUCCACUAAAUCCAAGUUGUCUGUCAUAUCAAAAAAAGUUUUCGGUAGUCUACCAUCCUUGGUGACUACCUGUCUUUGUGCCUUGUCCAUAUAUGUAGAUACCACUCCAUUCAUAUCUCCCAUCAAAAUCAUGCUAUAAUCCAUAUGGUCCAUCAGGGUCUCGUGCAACUUCUUAAAAAAUUCAGAUUUCCCAUCAUUUGGUGCAUAAAUUCCUACAAUCAAAAAUUUUUCUCCUUGUGUUUGAAUUUCAAUUGCCACAAAUCUUCCUUGGUCAUCUUUAAAAACAAAUUUCGGUGAUAAAUUGUCUUUGCAUAAAUCACAACCCCUCUUUUUUAACUUUGUCCGACGAAAUAAACUCCUGAUCAAGUCUUUUAUUUAUCAACAAUUUCCUGUGUAAUCUUGUUAUAUGUGUUUCUUGUAAACAAAUUAAGUCCAAUUGUUCCUUUUUAAUAUAUGAAAUACUGACUUCCUUUUCUGAGGGAAUUCAAACCCCGACAGUUCCAUGUUAAAAGUUGCAGGGCCAUGAUGUUAUUGUUUUAAUUCUCCUCCUACUGCACCUAGUGCCUGUUCCUCGUCCGUCGGUGGUAUCACUUUUUUCGAACGGUCUUUUGGUUCCGGAGAUAGUUCUUUUUGUAGGUCUUCUCCGUGGUCUCUCCAAAAUUUGUCUUUGUCGUCUUCCGAUCUUAUUUUCCUCUUCUUUCCUUUGUAGCUAAAAGAUAGGCCUUGAGGAAGUUCCCACCUAAAGUUAAUACUGUUCCUUCUCAGCAGGGUGACCAAGUCUUUAUCAUUUGAUCUGAGAUCCAGAAGGUAUUUCGGAAUGUCUUUAAAUAUUUCAACCCUUGUCCGCUGGAUUUCCAGUGUCUUCUUGAAAUGCAAACUCAAAAUCUUAUCCCUCUCUUCUUUUGUUCGAAAAGUGAUCAAACAGUCUCUCACCUUCUUUUCUCCUCUUUUCCCGAGUCUGAAAGCAUUUACUAUUUUAAAGCUGUCUUUUACCAAUUCUGGAUCCCAAAUGUCCGAAAAUUCCUGCAUGAGAAAUUCAGCUAGAUUGUCCUUUUCCACUUCAGGUACCGAUCUGACCCGUAAAUUCACUUGUUUUUCCUUCAAUUCUAUCAUAGACAGGGUCAAUUUAUGAUCUUCCAAUUGUUUGUGCAGUGAUGGUAUUGUCUCUUGAACCUCUUUAACCUCUGUAGCAGAAGUUGUAGCAAUUUCUUUGGCCUCCUCGGCAAUCUGGCGUAUUGAGGCCGAUUCCUCUAAUAAUUUCUGAAUAGUCUCUGGAUUAGUGUUUACUUUCUGGCCCAAAUUGUUUAAGCUUGCUGUAUUCUGAUUAAUACUUGUUGUAUUUUGAUCAAUCUUGUCACAUGCCUCUGCUACUUGUUGACUUAUUCUAUUUAACGAUUCAUUAACCUUAGCCAAAACUUGAGCAAAGGCGUCAUCACUUGUCAUACCUUUUACUUUUGAUUGUGCCGAUGAGGCUGUUGUUGGGAUUCCAGAGGCGCCUGAAGCUGAAAAUCUCCUUUGUAAUCCUUCUUCUGUUCGAAGAACCUUGCCCGACCUUGUAGCCUGUGAAGCUUCUGUUCUCUCUUUACCAUUUGCCAUUCCUUUAGAUAAAGCUCAAGGUCAGACACGCAGUUAAAUUCAAACAGUGGAAAUUCCCAGCAGAACUGUGUGAGAAUUCCUCAAGCCAGCUACAGUUUCAAUUAUAACAGAUUGUAACAGUUCCAAGUUCCACUAGGGGGACACUGUAACAGUCAUAAAAGUUCUUGGAUACUUUACUUUCUUUUUUUAAGUCCCCCCAGUUUAUUCAGGAAGAUAACAGUCUAUCUAAAAUAAUUACUUAAGGAGAUAUAUGUCCACAUAAUAUAUCCAAAUUUAUAUUUCCUGCGCAGGACUAGCUGUCAAAGUAUAUUUCAAGACAGUACCUCUCAUCCGUUUUUAAGUUGCCUCUGGAAGUCCGUUCCCAAGGAAUUGAGCGAUGGUUUAGUCCCUUUUAUUUCCACUUCUUUAUGAAGAAAUCACAUCCACAAUUCUCCCCCCUUUUCCCUUGAUUUAAGGGGGGGGGGGAAAUCCAGAUUAGAUGAUUGGUUUAAAAUCCGCUAAUACGUCUUUUCCUGCGCUUCCGCUUUCAAGUUCAAAGCUUUAUUUUAUCUACAAAUAGGAAGAGGUAGACUUCCUUUUUAUACCUCUUUCCGUUUUCGGCCAGAUUCAGAAUUUGUACAGUUCCAAUUACGUUAUAUCCUACUCACGGAUCGUUGAUUUUCAAGUCCAAAUUCCAAGGAAAAAAGGCAGCACUCUCAGGUUAACAGCUUGUGGCUUCACUCCACGAAAGAAGCAGACAGCCCACAGCACAGCGCUCCUUCCCCCGCUCCGAUUCCGAGCUCGUUGCCGGGCUUUUCACCGGGUUGGGGGGGCGCCAAAUGUGCCCGCUGGGUCCCAGGUACACAGGCUUCCCCUGCCUGUGAUUUUCAGGGGUCCCCCGUUACGCCGAAGCGGGAUCUGACCCUAUUUUUCGUGGCGAGAUUUCCGCCGGUCGAGGAAAUCCGCCAUUAACCGCUGGCGCCACCUCCGGAAGUCCAACAUAUGUUCUGUUUGAAAUUUUAGGUUUAGAAUUCGGGGAGGAGGAGAAUGUGCUUAUAUAAACCAUCAAGGUGUUGCCAGCUCCAGCGGCCGAAGUGAAGAACCCUGGAUCUGCAGCAAACCAGUUCAGAUGACAAAAGGCACUGGAUGUGCACUGAGCGGACUUAACUACAUACCUAAGCACCCCUAA